GUUCAAAGUCUUCACUUCUUACGUAAACAAUUUUCGCUUCGAAACAAUUGAACCGACUAAUGCAUAUAUCUUGAUCAAAUGAGUUUCUGACGCAAGAAUCACGAAUUCAAACAUCCAAUCAAAACCAACUGGAUUUUAACGAAUCUGAUCGCAAUACAAAUGAUAUACAACCAAUCAACUAGCUUACAUAGUCGACCAAAUUCGUACAGUUUGAUUCAUUGAAAAUUUAUUUUGACACGAUUCAAAUCAUUCACUAGUUUUCAGUUAAUUAUGGUUAUUCUCUCGAAAUUAAUUGGUUGGGAGCAAAUAAAUUGAACCACAACUGGUUUGUUGUUAGCUCACUAGAUAAUAUCUUCUCGACAUGAUAAAUAAACCAAUUAAUAAAGUCUCACAAAACGUUGUUGCAUGUUUUCACUAGCAUGUCACUCAUACAAUUUAAACCAAUCUAAUUCUAGAAUGACAAUGGAUUAAUCCUAUGACUUUGAAAUAACAUGUUUGACAAAUCAAUGUGGACUAGUUGUGAUCUCAGAUAUAAAGUCUGGUUAACCAUUCGCUUACUCUGUGCACUAUGUUUAUGUUUACUUGGCUAGCGUUCCUUAGCCUGUUGAUUAAUGCCAACAUAACACUGUCAUAUUCCUCAUCAGUCAAAGAGACAUCUCCACAACAGGUCGGGUUGAUAUAUGAUGAAGAGACUCGGCGCACACGGGAACGAUAUUAUCUGAAACACAUUGGAGGAAAUCAAAACUCUUCAAUGUACAGUUAUGAUUAUCAUGAUGUGACAAACGCUGUUCAUGUAGUCAUCAGUAUUUCAAAGCGCGAUUUGAUAUUUUUCGAUAAUUAUAAGAUCAAACCUGUUAUUUGUUUCAUCAACUACAGCAGUCAAUUACCUUUAGUUUUAUCCUAUGAUCUAGAUUCGAGUUAUUCUGCAGAGUUAGUUAAUAAAUCGAGGUAUUGGUUACCACCUAAAUCAGGAGCCAGUACAAAGAUAUCAUUGUACAUAUUGCCGAAACUGGUGGGGUUAGACUAUUUGGUGUUUUUGAUUAGCGUGGAUAAGCCGAAGUCUGGAUAUAACACUUCUACGUCAUGGCUUACUAAUAAAUCCGAAUCUCGCAGAAAAUUAUAUUAUGAUGAUUUAGCAACUCAGCAUCAGUUGAAUCUCUCCUUACUCAAUACACAGGAAGUUGAUGGCGUCAACGAGAACAACACAUUAGGUUUCCCAGUCAUUGUAACAGUAGAUAGAGGGAUCGGACAUCGAGUUUACCGAAUUUUCAUCACGGUCAUGCUAACUGCGUUCACAUUUGCAAUGGGGUGUAAUUUGGAACCCUCUCUGAUUUUGCAUCAUUUCAAAAGACCCUUUUCUAUAUCAAUUGGAUUCUUUUGUCAAUUCUUUUUCAUGCCACUGAUUGCACUUGGCAUUGCAAAAAUUAUCCCGAUUAGAUCGGAGUUUGGUUUCGGUUUACUCACCGUCGCUUGUUCUCCAGGGGGAGGUUCCAGUAAUGGUUGGUCUUUUCUACUCGGUGGUGACAUCAACUUGAGUAUGUUAAUGACGUUCAUCAGUAAUUUAGCAGCACUUUUUAUGAUGCCAUUUCUUCUAUUCGUCUACGGUCGGUUCUUCAUUGAUGCGAGCAGAAUAGAAAUUCCAUACUUCAAUAUUUUCUUGCAGUUGUUACAGAUAGCAAUACCCGCAUUAUUAGGUUUAGGUCUACGUAUAUGGAAACCGAAUUUUGCUAAGAAAUUCACCAAACUAGCCGGUCCAAUUUUUAAAUUUCAAUUAGUAUUCUUUAUAACUGUCGGUGUGUACGUUAAUUGGUCACUGUUUCGUCUAUUAUUUGCCUUUCCUUUACUUAUUCUUGUAUGUGCUUUGUUACCUUGGCUUGGUUUUGGUAUAAGUUCAUUAUUCGUAUUCAUUUUACGACAACCAUUUCAAUCAAUUAUUACGGUGGCAUUAGAGACUGCUAUACAAAAUAUUGCAAUUGCAAUUCUCGUCCUAUUAUAUAUAAUGCCGAAACCAACUGGUGAAUUGGGCGCAAUUAUGCCAAUUGCUGUAGCUGAAUUAACGUCUAUACCGUUGUAUAUAAUAUACUCAUCCAUGUUAAUUAAGCGUAAAUGUUGUAGUCAGCAGAAAAAAUCUAAUGACAUCGAAACAUCUUUUACUACAGAGAUGAGUAACGAUUGUAUUAAUGACGUAAUGAAGACCGAAAAUGGUACCACCAUGCCACAAAUAAAAGUACCAUUACCAGGAGUAACGACAACUGUCAGUGACAUUGAAACUCAUUAAACAAUAUAAAAUGGUGUCUUAUAAAAUCAUUUCCAUGUUUUUGUUUUGUUCUCUAUCUAUGUAUUGUUCUUUAUAGUGUUCUAGUAUUUGCUAUACCAG